UGCAGCUAGCGACAUCAAUAGAACAACUACAUGUAUAAUAGUGAACAAUCCAAGUCGUUAGUCAAUAGCUGUCGUAAUGCCAAGAACACACUUGUUUGUGGCUGUGCUACUAAGUAUCCAAUAUGCUCAAGGACAGAACACAACAUACAAUACAGCUACUGUUACUACAUAUAGUACAUGCACAGAUGUUAGCCCUGUGACUACUAUGACUCCAACAUCAAAGGCUAGUACAGCUGAAAACACACAAGGCUUCACGAGGAACCCAAGUGAGACUUCUUCUUAUAAUACAGUGUCUACCACAGGAACAAUUACACGGAGUUCGGUAGAUUUAUCAGUAACUAAAGCUACAUCUCAAGCACCUUUGGGCAAGGCUACCAUGAACUCCACUAUGGUAAUAAGACCAACAUCAGUGUACACGAGUGAUACAAGUACGCCUCAAGGAUUGUCUACUUAUCAAACAAAGUUAAUCUCACAAGAACCUAUGAACACUACAACAACGCCAUUAACUGUAUCAACAACACUAUCAGUAACAAGUAUAACCCUAGUAUCGUCGUUUGCUAACGUAUCAACAAUGCCCCCUACAGUAGCCAUUUUUACAACGGACGUCACAACUACAGCAGCUCAAGAAAAGGAACUACUGCUACCAUUAUUCUAUAUCAUAAUCAUAGCUAGUGUGGGGGCUACCCUCUGCCUAGUGAUCAUCACACUACUGUUGUACAUGCUCUGUCUAAGAGGGAGGCAGCGAAGAAAGAAAGUAAGGAGGAGAAGACGGGACAGCGAGAGAGUGUCAUUAUGUAACCUCGAACGGACCAAUAGCAGUGGCUCGUCGCAUUCAAGCAUCAGUGGUCACCAAAUGAGUAUUGUGAAUAGAACUGACGUCGUUAUAAGGCACAAAUCGGCGAAGAAUUAUACAGACAGUUUAGAUCGACGCAGUAGUAAGCUUGGUCUAUGGUUUAGCAAGGGCAGCUUGAGACCAAUGUCGACACAUACACCGACUUUAAACUGCUCUACUUUCAAACCCAACCAGCAACUCUACCUACCUCACGUACAAGUACAGGUGCACGUCAACAACGAACUCACACCUGGCCACUUUGCGGCCGAAAGUCGAGUGGGAUCGUAUUGUAAAUUGGACGAAGAAACAGAGAGGAACCCGUUACCGCCACACCAAAUGCCACGCCCCUCAAGCACUAAUAGCGAGAACUCUCUAGUCGAACAAAUGUUGGCUACUCGGUAA